AUGACUCGUGAGAUAAAUGACAAUAUGAAAGCACUUAGAGAUUUAUAUAAAAGAACCCUGAUCACAGUAACAGAAGAUGAGAGUUCUCGAAUGUCCCGACAGAUUGAUUUAUUAAUUUCAGAGACAAGUCGAAUAAGCGGCCAAAUUAGUCACAAAUUGACAGAUCAAACACAAAUGAGAUCAACGCAGCAUGCGACCUUAGCAAAAGUAUUUAUGGAUACAAUGACUAGUUAUCGUAAUAUGCAAGUGGAAAAUGCUAAAAAGUAUAGAGAAAAAAUUAUAGAGCAAUAUCAUAUUGUGAACCCCGAUGCCACACAAGAAGAGAUCGAUAAUCUAAUAGACAAUGACAUAAACAAGUUACAAUCAUCAGCUCAGUCCAACCAGUCGCGUACUAUUCUUACAGAAAUUCAAGACCGCCAACACGAUGUCCGACGGAUUGAAAAGUCAAUAAAUGAAUUAAACGAAAUGUUUAGAGAUAUUCAGGCACUGGUAAUAGAAAAAGAGGAUGUAGCCCACACUACAAGAUUUUUCGAAAUGACGCAAGACAUACCAGUAAGUGAAACCCCCAAAAACAUAAGCCAAAAACACAAAAGGUAUAUUAAUGAUAUUGAUAGCCAUAAUCUUAAUUUUAAUAAUUCUAGGUAUUAUUGUA